AUGGGUUUCACGAAAAAGGAUGCCUAUAACUACAUCGAGAAGACCAAGCGGGAGAAUAUUGUUGAUGGAGACGCUAACGCCGCAAUAAUUGAUUUAGAGAGAAAAGCAUUGUCGGAUCCGAUGUGCAUGGCUAGGUACAAUUUGACGGACAACAAUAUGUUAGCGAACUUGUUCUGGGCUGAUGGUGGGACCCGGGUUGAUUACCAACACUUUGGUCAUGUGCUUUCCUUCGAUUCGACUUUCAUGAAAAACAAAUAUAGGAGACCUUUGGUAAUCUUUUCUGGUUCGAACAAUCAUAAGAAAACAACCAUAUUUGGGUUUGGUUUGGUGUUGGAUGAAAGCAUUGGGUCAUACACGUGGUUGCUUGAAAAUUUGUUGGAGAUAAUGUGCAACAAAAAGCCAUCGGUGAUUGUGACAGACAGGUGUGACUCAAUGAGGGCAGCAAUCAGGGCGGUUUUUCUAGAGGCCACACAUAGGCUGUGUGCUUAG